CUAGGGGACCCUGCAGACACAGCAGCGGGCGCGAUGCCUCGCAUCGGCCUGUGUGUGUCUGUGAGCGCAGUUGGGCAGCAGCAGCAGUCGUCGCCACUGUGCGUCGCUGAAGAUGUUGCAGCAGCAGCAGCCUCUGACGGGCAACGGGCCCUCCAGCGGCCGGGGACUCGGCGUGAGCGGCCACCCCGGGAUGCACGCCCUCAACUCGGGUCACCAGCAUCGGUCCGACGCGGGGGAGUCGGGCCUCGAGGGCACCGAGAACGGACACGAAACCCGCAGAGAUAUCGGUGACAUACUGCAGCAAAUAAUGACCAUCACCGACCAAAGUUUGGACGAGGCCCAGGCGAAGAAACAUGCGCUCAAUUGUCACCGAAUGAAACCGGCGCUGUUCAGCGUUUUGUGCGAGAUAAAGGAAAAAACUGGCCUUUCGAUGAGGAACGCCCAGGAGGAGGAGCCCCAGGACCCUCAGCUGGUGCGGCUGGACAACAUGCUGCUGGCGGAGGGCGUCGCGGGACCGGAGAAAGGUGGCGGCGCCGCCGCCGCCGUGUCCGCGGCCACCAGCUCGGGAGGGAUGUCGCCCGACAGCUCGCUCGAGCACUCCGACUACAAAAGCAAGUUGAGCCAGAUUCGCAGUAUCUACCACACUGAGCUGGAGAAAUAUGAGCAGGCGUGCACCGAGUUCACCACUCACGUCAUGAACCUGCUGAGGGAGCAGUCGCGCACACGGCCCGUGACCCCGCGGGAGAUCGAGCGCAUGGUGGGCAUCAUCCACCGCAAGUUCAGCUCCAUCCAGACCCAGCUGAAGCAGAGCACCUGCGAGGCCGUCAUGAUCCUGAGGUCCCGCUUCCUGGACGCCAGACGCAAAAGGCGUAACUUCAGCAAACAGGCCACCGAGGUCCUGAAUGAGUAUUUCUACUCCCACCUGUCCAACCCGUACCCCAGCGAAGAAGCCAAAGAGGAACUUGCCAAAUCGUGUGGAAUCACUGUGUCUCAGGUCUCCAACUGGUUUGGCAAUAAGAGAAUCCGCUACAAGAAAAACAUUGGCAAGUUCCAGGAGGAGGCCAACCUCUACGCCAUGAAGACGGCCUUAGGAGGCCGACAGGGCGACGACUCCCCGCACACUCCCAACUCCACAGGGUCGGGCUCCUUCUCGCUGUCUGGGUCGGCCGACUUGUUCCUCGGGGUUCCACCUGUGAACGGCGAGCAGUCCGCCUACCCGAUGGGAGUGCAGGCCAACGGGAACUGGCAGGGCCGAAACUCGCCCCCGUCCGGCGCCUCGCCCCACAGCGACCACUCGGACAACUCUGACUGAUGCCCCCCCCACCGGCUCGGCCCCACUGGCACAGAUGGACAGCGGCGGAAAAAGACAGAAAGAAUGAUAUCACACUUCCCACUCGGCUGCAGUUUUGUUUCGUUUUUUUUGUUUGUAUAUUGUUUGUUGGGUUUGGUUAUUUUUUUUAAAUGUCCGUAAAAUGUCGUUUUCCUUUACGGUGUUCGUGUGAUUAGCUGAGUGCACAGACGGUUGUGUGAGUGUGUGUGUGUGUGUGUGUGUUGUGUGCAUGCAGGUGUGGUUUUCUUAUCGGGCUCGUGGGGGUUUUGUUUUCCACUACUUUUGACUUGUUACUGAGAUGUUUGUGGUUGGGGAGGGGAAGGGGAAGGGACUGCAUUAUCAUUGUUUUUAGCACACUAUAUCAUUAUUAUUAAUAUUAUUAUUGCUUUUAUUAUUAGUGCUACGACUAUUUUCCUUUUUAACAGCUCCCGAAGGAGAGAAUGCAUUAACUGAAUGAGAGGGCAAUAGAGAAAAAUCCAAAGACUUUGUGUGUUUGUUUCUCUGUUUUGUUCUGUUUUUCUACUGGGCUUGCGUGUCCCUGUAAAGUGAAUGAGGUGUGUGUGUGUGUGUGAGUCCAUAUAAAUGGUUUGAAUGAGUGUAUCAACAGUGCUGUCUUUUUUCUGUACAGUGAAACACCUGUAUUCUCUCUACCUCUUUUACAAUAAAGACUCUCUGUAUUCACAAGCA